UUUGUUUCCACCAAUGCUAAGAUACAAUAUGGAAUUGUUGGAGAGGAAACAAAUUUAACUUUGAACAUUGUUAGUAAUCGGAUAAUAAAAACGGUCACUAUCUUUAAGAAUCAUCAUAUGGUGAUGACAGAUGUGAACUACUGUAUAGAAUUGUCAAAAAUAGAAGACAUAGUUUAUGGAACAAAGGUGAAAAUGAAAGGUUACAAACUUUUUGUUCCAUUGAAAAUAACUACUGCAGAUGCCUUUAGGAUAUAUAAAGUUGUUGUAACAAAUGCAAAUGGACAAGUUAACAUUAGUAUUGAUUUCCGAUCUGCAAGACCACUAAGCGCACCCCAAAACAUAAGAGCUGUUGGACUCGAUAGAAAAAUAAUAGUCAAAUGGACGGCUAACAACGACAUUGGAUUAGAAGAACAUUUCUUCGUAGAAUAUCGUACACAUUUUGAAUCACUAUGGGGUCGAGUGUCGGCAAAAGACAGAUCUACAGCUAUUAUAAAUGGGUUAAAACCUGAUGAAGUUUACUUCUUACGAGUGUAUUCUAAGACUGCAGCCGGUGAAAGUAUCAAAACAGAUGUUGUCAUAGUCAAGACAGAAAAGCAACAUUCUAAGGUUCAAGUUUUCACAGUGGAAUUUGCUUUAUUACUUGGAGCGGUGUUUUUAAUGAUGUUUGUGUGUUGGUGUGGAAUGAAAGCCUUGAAGAACAAACAGUGGUCUUGCAGAAACCAAGACAGUAGAGGUACUCUGCCACGCAGAAAUGAAGAACUGUCUGCAAGACCAGAUCAUUACGAUGAAAUUGAUAGCAUGUACUAUAAUCCAAUUAACUUAACCAUUUAUCCUCAAAAUACUACAAGAAACGCACAAUUUGAAACACGUCGACUGUCAAUCGACAAUAACAUUUUGGAGGACCCUGAAACCUAUAACAGUUCCAAAGAAAAGAUAAGACCUCGCAAUGUCCAUGAGUGGGAACAUAGUCGUGAGGACAACUCACCGAGAUCAUCAUCGGAAGAAUCCUAUCUCGUUCCCUGUAGGAAUUAUAUUGAUUUCGAUCUCGAGAAGGUUAAUCAAAACGAGCAACAAGAAAGAAGUGCAGAUGAACCAGGAAUACACGUUGACGAAUUGUCCAUUUCAAGUGAUGACAGCGAAACAAAUACUAAAAGUAUUAGAACAUAUGAAAUAUUAAAGUUAUCUGAUAUCAAUGGACAUUCUAAUAGGAAGAACGAUAGUAUUGUCGUAUAGAACAAACAUAAAGAUGUCCGUCGUAGAAAAUUUUCCCAUUUCUUAUUUAAGUGAUUUCAAUUAAGUUAUGCAAUUGUGCAAAAGUGUUUUCCAAUCAUGUAUUAAUGAUGUUGUCUAAAACUCAAAUCAAAUAUUGUCCGUGCUUUCCAAUUUCAGUUUUUGUAUAUUCUUAUUGUCGUAGUACAUCUGUGAAAAUGUAAAACAUCAACAACGCCAGUUAUGUUGUUGGAUCUAGUUAUAUUACCGUUUCACAUGUAUGUACACAUUUAUUUGUUUUUCGCAAGAAUGUUAGUUUUAUAAAUGAUUUCUUGGUUCAAUACUGAAAAAAAAUCUGUAUCUGUGUAACUUAAGUACUGUCCCAAUUAAUGCUUAACCAAUAUUGACUAUUGGACAAAUUCGGCUAUUUAAAUUUCCUAAUUUAGGCAUUUGUUUUGUUAUUUUUUGUUGUAAAAUGACAAAAACUAUUAUUAUACCUCAGAAUGUACUUUUCUACUGAUUGAAUUCUAUAUCUUUUUUUAACACCACAUGAAGUAGUAGAAUUGUUUGCAGUAAUAGUGAUGUAAUAACGAAGUUGAAGUGAUUUUAGUAUAAUUCUUAUGAUUACAAAAACCAGUCGUAGUAGUAGUAUUAGUAAAUUUUACAGUAUAUAAAAAAGUCCUGAUUUCAACCACAUGUUUAUAGAUUUAUUUGAUAAUUUGGUUAAACCUGUUUUACUUUACGGCUGUGAAAUUUGGGGAUUUGGAAAUAAUGAAAUAUUACAAAGAGUUCAUUUGAAAGUUCUUCUCGGCCUAAAAUCCUCCACCCCGAAUUAUGUUAUACAUGGAUAAUUAUGACGCUAUCCUAUUAGCUUAGAUAUCAGAGUUCGCAUGAUUUCUUACUGGACAAAGUUGAAUUUUAGCAAACCAAGUCAAUUAUCAGCAAUAAAAUACAAAUAUGUUUAGUUUAUCUCAUGGAAUUCGAACUAAUGUUUACUUUAAUUGGAUGUAAUGUAUAGAAUCUGUUCUUAAUGAAACUGGUUUAUCUUAUGUAUGGUUAAUUCGAACUUGCAUUAAUGAAAUUUGGUUAAAGACUGCUGUGUUAGAACAUGUCUCCAAGAUCAGUUGAAACAAACAUUAGAUCUAUGAACAAACAUAGUAUUCAGACGAACUCGAAAACAUUAAAUUACCGCCUUUUUAAGGAACUGUUUGGAUUCGAGAAGUAUUUAGAUAUAUUUAGAUAUUUUGGAACCCCAUGAUAUGUACACCCUUUGUCAAUUUAGACUAUUUAACCAUAGAUUACCAAUAGAAAGUGGCAGAUGGAAAAUAAUUCAGAGUGAUAAAAAGAAUAUGCGAACAACGUGACUUAAAAGAGAGGCGAAACGUACCAGAGGGACAUUUAAACUCACAAGUCGAAAAUAGACUGAUAACGCCAUGAUUAAUAGAGAAAAAAACCACACAACGCAACAUAGAAAAAUAAAGACUGAGCAACAUGAACCCCACCAAAAAUGGGGGUCGAAAAAGAUCUUGGAGAUGGAUUUCAUUAUGUAAUGAAGUGUAAAUUUAUGGCUAUAGAAAGAAAAAAAUAUAGAUAAAAAGUAUAUUGAUUAUCCAAAUUCGCUUAAUUACAUUUCAUAUUUGUUAAUAGUGUACAUAUUAUGUUUUCUUUAAAUUUAUAUCUGUUUUUAUUACAUGUAACUUCUGUAUACCAUUGUAUUAACAAAGGUUUAUCAGAAUAAAGGUAUAUGUCGCAAAGGAAGAAUGGAUGAGUGAUUUUGUGGGUGUGAAGUUUAAAUUGUAUGUCUUGUCCUGCAUAUAUUGUCUUGUCUUGUGUUUAACAUGUUUGUUAAAAAAACUCUUCGUUAAUUGUAAAUCUGUAUAUAUGUAUGUUGAUGAGAUCCACUCAUAGCCUCGGGUUGUUGACAAUCCUCU